AUGUAUUUUGCUCAACUGGCUUUUUCUUUUGUUUUGUCUUCUGUAUCGUUUUUCAUCCUUCAUAUAUGUGGUGCUGUGGGCAACAAUGCUAAUAGUUUUGAUCAAUCUUGGGGUCUCCCUGAUGCUGUUGCCUAUUCCAGAUUAGCAUUUGUUUACCAGCUACCAAAGUCAGCAGACAGCUAUGAGCUCACUGAAUCAGGCCUGGAUUUUUUACCAAACUGGCUGGAAUAUGACAGUGUUAACAAAGAAUUGCUAGGAGUUGCCAGGCAAGAUGACGUUGGUAAACAGUUCUUCAUCGAAGUGAAGUCAUCAACAUCAAAUACAGUUGACAUUUUUAAAAUUGAAGUAGAAGAUAAUAAAAAAUUACAAUUGUUAAAUGAGAAUAAUAAUGUUAAAAAUUAUGACAACAAUCCAGAUAGCAAUAUAGAUGUUAGGCAUCACCAUCAACAUAUAAUUUACUGCAAAAAGAAUAAGCAUGUUACAACUGCAUUAAUUAUAUUAAAAGUUGGUAAUAAAGAAUUCUAUGAUAUUACCCCGCAGAGUAAAGUGAAUAUGUUGAAGAGGUUCUCUAACUCUUACAACUUUCCAUUACCAUCUCUACAGUUAUUUGACCUUAAGGAAUGUGAUGAAAUGAACCAUUUUAACAAAACUGCAUUAGUAGCUGGCCCAGGUGAUUCCAAUCCUAAUUUCAAACUUGGUUCUAAGCACCAGCACCUUGAAAUACCAGAUAAUGAACACAGCAUUGUUAUUAAGUGGUUGGUUGGUUGUGGAAAUGUUCAAAAACGUCACUUGGUAGUACUACAGCAAGUUGAAAUAGAGGCUCAGGAUGGUAGGCUGAAAGAUUUAUUGGGGUUGGGUGUUGUUGGCUGGUAUCUUGCCACAGCUACUCCCACUUUGGAAAUACACCCUCCAGUUGUGACCAAGCCUACACCUACAGUUGUCUACCCAUCGACCACAGCCAGUACUACUAAAAAGCCAUCAAAACUUGCUAGUCAUUCAAAAGGACCAAAAGGUAAAAAAACUACAACUGCACUGCCUAGAGUAUAUGUGGGGCAAUUCUACAAAUUCACAAUUACUCCUGACUUCUUCUCUGGACCAUACAAGACAUUAGAAUUGUUGUCUCAAAAUGGCUUGACACUGCCUGACUCAUCAUGGAUCAAACUGAACUCAACGAGACCAAGGAGCAAAUCCUAUCCUUAUAUUUAUGGCAUACCAAUGUCACAACAUGAAGGACUUCAAGAUUAUUUGUUGAAGGCCGUCAACAAAUUAGGUAAUGAAACCGGAUUGUACUUGAAGUUUCAAGUUGUCAAAAUACCUGAACAGUACAUCACAUACGAGAUGAAUGUGCUGCUGCCAGGAUAUGAUUACACCAAAUUUUGCCAGGAUGUUGACAUAAGAUUGGAGUUGGCAAAGAAAAUUUCAUUGGGAUUCGGAGAUUUAGAUCCUUCUGACGUUCUAAUGACGAAAGCUGAUGAAGGUUCAGUUGAUUAUUUCUGGACCAACAAAACGAUGACCUUACUGAAGUCCGCCGGUCAGAAUGAUCGAAGAUUGUGUCAUGAUUCAGAGUUGUUAUUUGAUAAAUUUAUCAGUAAAUCAACAAGAAAGUUGUCAGAAGUUUUCAUCAAACAGUUGCACCCUGAUAGAAUAUCUUUUGCAGAGGUGAUUAGUCGAGGUGAGUGUGAGCGCUAUGUAUCUAGCAGGCAAGCAUUCCACAUACAAGGCAUCAGAGUCACUCAAAAGACUAAAAAACAGCCAUCCUCAAUAGCUGUGACACCAAGAUCAAAAACAUUUGGAGAUGUUGAUGACACUUUUAAAUAUUCUGUUUCCAAUAACAAUAUUCCAGAAGUAAAAUUUGAUGAAACGUCAUCCAGGGGUGAUGAAGAAAAAGUAGUUGCAUCAAAAACAGAUGAUGAACUGAUUAAGCAAAUAGUCAUUCCUACCUUGAUCGUUGCUGUCCUUGUUUUGUUGGCACUACUUAUUGCCUGUGUAGCUUAUAGAAGAAAAACUAAACAAUGUGAAAAACAAAAGUCGAUUGACACCACAGAGUUGGUGAAGAAAGGAGCACCGGUCAUAUUUGCGCACGAACUAGAUGAUCAUCCACCAACCACACCGUCAACAAGGCCAUUGAUCACUUCAGCUGAAAAGUCACCUCGUCCUCCCAACUACCAUCAACGCAUCAUGAGUUCAGGUCCUGGAGCCACAAGUAGCAGUGGUUACAGUGGUUUUUGAGUUUUUAAUUGUUCAUUUUUUUAUCCUAUUGUUGAAUUUUUGAGUUAAUAAUUGAUAAAUAAAUUACAGUUUUUUUUCUUCUGUUAAUUGUCAUAGAAUGUAGUGCUAGUUAGUGUAAAUUUCAAUCAUUGUGUUCUUUGGUCUGUGCUGAAAACAGUUUUAAAAUGAUAAUGUAUUUUGUUGCAACAGUUAGUUUUUAUCUAGGUUUAAAAUUUACUGUGAAGAGUUUAGAUUGUUUUUCAAUGUAAAGUUAAAGAUUUCCAUUUAUAUAAUAUAUGCAUAUGUCAAAACGUACAACGCAUAUUAUUCGAUAUUAUUACGUUUCUAUGUUCCUAUACUGUUUGUGAUGCCAAUUAUAUUUCCUAGAAUAAUCUGUGGUUGCAGAUUCACAUUCGUGUUCUAUGCCAACAUUCACAAAUUUACAAAACUUAAGUGCAUGAUUUAUUCAUUAACUUUAUUAUUUAAAUAAUUUUUUUGUUGAUUUUUCUAUGAAUGUUACCAUUCCAAUGUUUUAAUUUCAGUAUUUGAUUUUUGACGAUAAAAAAUACCAAUCACUUUU